AUGUUUGCAUCGGUCGUUUUAGUUGUGCUCUGUUCUCUAGUUAAUGGUCACGAUUCUGAUAACUUGAUCACAUAUGAAUUAACAUUUUCGGAUUUGUAUUCAACAGAAAAACUAUCAGGGAACGUUGUAAACGUUGACAACAACAUUUCUAGAGUGAGUGUUUUAGAAAAUUUGCCCGAACUCCGCAAGGGCAUGUUAAACAUAACUUACCUCAAUUACCUCUGCAUAGAAAACGUCAAUUUACAAUACAUGGAGGAAGGAGUUUUUGAUAACCAAAAUAUUAGCCUAAUUUCACUUGCGGGUAAUAAACUGGCUAAAAUCCAGUCAAGAAUAUUCGACAAUCUGUCAAUAAUGUUUCUGAGUUUAAGUGGAAACGAAAUUAAUUUCAUUGAGAACGGAGCAUUUAGAAACAUGGUAAGCCUGCGCGAGCUGAUAUUAUCUCAGAAUAAGCUUACACAAAUUAGUCCUGGUUAUUUUGACAAUACUCCCCACAUACUAAUUUUCGACGUCAGUUUUAAUGAGAUAACCAAAAUUGAAGACGGAAGUUUUAGUUUUUUAAGCGACAGGGAUCUAACGAUUGCAAUAAACGACAACGCAGUUGAGGAAAUUCAUCCCAGAGGUUUCGAAAACUUAAAUAUAAUCGAGCUAUCUCUUUCCAACAAUUUGGUUCGGGACGUACCGGUGGAAUUAUUUAGGAAAAACAAGAUUGGCAUGUUAGUGCUGAGUUCUAACCAAAUCGAAGAAUUUCCGGAUAUUUUUAGCGAAGGGAUUAAUUCAAGUGUGAAAAGGGUGACGAUAUAUGAUAAUCCUCUUAAAUGUGAAACUGUGGAAAAAUUGAUCGACUCUGAGCGAAAAUCAGGUCCUUCCUGCUUCUUAGAAUACGAUAGAGUUGCUAGGUGUCGUCAAAAUUAA